AUGCCGGUUGAAUUAAACAGUCUAACAGAAGGAUGGCUAGAACUAGAAAGCGAUCCGGGUUUGUUUACACUUCUACUAGAAGAUUUCGGAGUAAAAGGAGUACAAGUGGAAGAAAUAUAUGAUUUGCAUAAACCAUUAGAAAGUCCAGUGUAUGGUUUUAUUUUCUUGUUUCGAUGGAUAGAAGAGAGACGCUCCCGACGUAAGUUUGUUGAACAGACUGAAAGUUUUGUACGGGAUGAAGAAACAAUUAACAACAUUUUCUUUGCCCAGCAAAUGGUUCCAAAUAGCUGUGCUACACAUGCUUUGUUGUCAAUAUUAUUAAAUUGUCCUAACCUUCAUUUAGGUGAAACAUUGAGUAGAUUAAAGCAUCAUACUCUUGGCAUGAAUCCAGAAAAUAAAGGCUGGGCCAUAGGAAACACACCUGAAUUAGCAUGCGCUCAUAAUUCACAUGCUAUACCCCAAGCUCGCAAGAAAACUGAUAAGAAUGCAGGAGUGUCUACUGGACGUUUUACAGGUGAAGCUUACCAUUUUGUCAGCUUUGUGCCAAUAAAUGGUCAUUUAUUUGAAUUGGAUGGCUUAAAACCAUUUCCUACAGAUCAUGGCCCAUGGGCUAUGGAUGAGGAUUGGACAGAUAACUUUCGAAGAGUUAUGGCCGAAAGACUAGGGAGAGAUGCAGGGGAACAAGUGCAUGACAUUAGAUUCAAUCUGAUGGCUGUCGUACCUGAUAGAAGAAUAGCUUUAACACAGAGAUUAAAUAUGCUGGAAAUCAACCAGAAGAGAGUGAAGGAAGCUAUCUCAAAAAUUGGCAAACAUUUAAGGCAUCUGCUAAACAAAAACAAAGACUUCAAUGAUGAGACAAUGUCACAAAACAACGGCACCGAUGGUAUCAGUGAUAAUUGUAUCCAAAUAUCUGAAGAUGCAACUCUAAAUGCCUUGGAUGCUUCGGAGGUUUCAUCACUUGACAUAGACUUUACUCAUUCCAUUACUAUUGAAAUUGGAUCCAUGGAGAGAGCACAGUUUGAUAAUUCACUUAGUUUAGCUGAUCCAGUGGAGCCAACUACAUUGCUUAAGUUUGUUACUAUAAAUGGAGAAAAUGAAAUACUUUCUGAAAUCUACCCGACAUCUACUACAGCACUUGUGAAAAGCAAUGAUAUGCCAAUAGUUUUGUGUACCGAAGUAAUACCGGAGCAACCCUAUAGGAUGAGGAAGUUGUUGUUCACACACUCCGAGUUAAACUCUUUGAUGAGCAGUAUUAUUAGCGAAGUGCAGUCGUGUCAGCAGGCUCUGAACGACGAAAACGAUAAGAGGGAUAUGUAUAAGGUGGACGACUGCCGGCGCACGCACAACUACGACGAGUUCAUCUGCACGUUCCUGUCGAUGCUGGCUGAGCGCGGCGUGCUGGGCGAGCUGGUGGCGGCGCAGCUGGAGCGCGGCCGCAGCGCGCGCGCGCGCCGCCGCCGCCCGCGCCCGCGCCCUCGCGCGCGCCCCCGCCCGCGCCCGCGCGCUCGCAAG